AUGCUCACUGUGGCUCGUACCUCUUGGAGCAAUGCGCAACACUACUUCUUGAAGUCUGAGAUCCAAGAAGUCGCGGAUACAUGGAGGCAACUAUUGGAUGCCCGUGACCAUGUUCAGUUGGGGAAGUUCACCACCGAGCGAAUUUGGCAUGUGGCGAGGUUACAUGAGUUCCAAGAUUCGUGCAUUACUUGGCUCGAAAAGCAGCAAUCUGCGCUCCGUCGUGAGCAGGAUUGUCUCAAGAAGGAACGCUUGAACGACAUCAGCGCAAGACUCCUUGCGCUCGGCUGGGCGCCUGAACUAGAUAUGCUCAAACAGAAGGGCAGUGAACGCUUGUCAGGUCAUAGGCUUGUCUGUAUGACAAGCAAGCUCACCGAUCACGGCUGGCGGAGAAUCAAGGGCGAAAUGAUUGACUUCAUGCAAGGCAUACGAAAGCAACGUCUGGACCACGAAUUCAACGAGGCUUUGGCUAAGCGCUGGGUCGUCUUUGAGAACACAGCGAACGAGCUUCUCGAUGAAUACCUCAAUGGACACCAGGAGAUGCGGACUUAUGGGCUGAACCUUGCAGACCUAGUGCGCACACCAGAAUUUCGGGAUAUCAUGUGUGUGUGUACGGAUACACAGGUGGAUAAGCAGAGCUUUAUGGCUUUGCGGGCGCAGAUGGAGACGAUCGUGGAAGGGUGGAAGUUACGCGCAUGCGAUGCCCUCCGCCAGAUGAUACGACAUACUGCGCAGGCUUCGAUGGACCCGGGCGUGGACACGUUGAAGCUCGCGACGACAAUGUUCGAGUGCAAGCGUUGCCGGCGUUAUCUUGUUCACCCCAACCUCCUCGCACACAAGUGCUUGCGCUCCGGCCGUGCUCCUAUGUUCGCUUUCUCCAACCACCAUGGUAUAUAUGAGGCCUCUGCCCGCACGUUCUUCCCGGCAACUUUCCAAGUCCGAAGUCCAAAUUUCGAAGUUGUCUCACCCAGGUCGGCUCGCCGAAUCAUUCGAAUCUGCAAGAAAGAUCCGGAUACGGUCACAGCGAAGGAAUUGGACUCAUCGGACAUCAGGCUUGUACGAGAUGACACAAUCAUCAUGACCUGGCGUGCUGUGAUUCUGCUGUACUUUCAACCGCAAGACUUGCUCAGUGUUUCACGAACGUCCAAGGCAUUCCACGCAUUCCUGAUGAAGAAGAGCUCCGCCCGUUACUGGAAGGAAUCGUUGGAGAGACUAAAGGGCCCUCCGCCGUUCCCAAAGGACAUGAUUGAGCCUGCAUGGGUCGCUCUCCUCUUCUCUCCACAUUGCACGGGCGUACGGGACGAACUUCUGGCCCGCGCCCUGCGACAGCGUCUGACUGGUCGCUGGAGCGACUUCCAAUUCGUGUGGGAACGACCCCUUCAACAAUACAUGAUAGCACAUCCGGAGCUUUGGACUUGGGGCUUGAAAUUGGCAGAUCUCGCAUUCAUGCCAGAGUUUCGCGGGCACUUGUGUGCUCCUACGGGCAGGCUGGUAGACAGAGAUACUUUCAGAUACCUACUAAGGCAUACGGGCACAAUCGUGGAGGGGUGGAAGACACACGUAUGCGACCAAUUACGCCAACACAUGCGAGGCAAGACACGCGUUACGAAGAAGGUCGACCCGCUAGAGCUCGCAACGACGAUGUUUCGAUGCAGCGUUUGCGCGGCCUAUCUGUUCUUCCCGAACCUCCUGGCGCAUCAGUGCCAGCGCUCGUCGCCCGCUGAGCAGAACACAUUUGCGCAGUUCGUGCACAGCAAAUCGGACGGAUAUCGAUUUGAAUAUGGGAGCGCAUUCUCCCCUCGGCUUCGGGAAUACGAACCGUCGGAGCAAGCGCGCCAAAUUAUACGGUUUUGCGGCAAAGACCCGAAUACAGCUACAGCGAAGGAUAUGGACGAGCUCGACAUAAGACUCAUUCGAGGCAAAGUGAUUAUGACCUGGCGCACAGCGAUGAUUGAACAGACACAGUUCGACGACGAGAUAUCGAACUGGCGGAUCGCUGAUCCAGAAGCAAUUGCCAGGUCGAAGGAAUGUGAGAGGAAGAUAGUAGAGGAGCUUAGUUUGUGGAUCUGCAUUCCAUGCAUGCCGCAAUACUUGUACUACUCCUCGUGGCAUACAAUAAAGAAAGAUCUCGAGGUGGAUCAUGGCAUCGAGGAACCUAGCGUCGAGAAGGGACACAUGAUGUAUGCCAAGACACCUCACGACAUGUAUGGGAGCGGUGUGUUCAAGUUCAAAAUGCCGAGCUACGAGGUGCUGUGGGUGUCGGCUCGGAGUACUGGGACCAAACGCAGUUCGUGAUCUUGAUAUGGUAGCAGUUGUGUGUACUAUCAAUCUGCCUGUGGAAUGUAUGAUAUAGAUAUAGGACGUGUUUUGC